GUGCGCACCACCCCUUUUUCUCUCUCUCACUUCCACUCUCUCUCUCUACCAUGGCGAUUUCUCUGCAACUGUGUCGAAUUCCCACUCGCACAGACCUCUUCUCGCCGGAAAGUUUCGCCGGACCCGCGGCUCUCCGUUGCAGAAAGCCGCUCUCCGUUAAGUGCACCGCCGAUGAUUCUUCUUCAUCUUCGUCGGCGUCGGUGGCCGUGGACUCCGAUUUCGACGCGAAGGUGUUCAGGAAGAACUUGACGAGGAGCAAGAACUAUAAUCGGAAAGGGUUCGGUCACAAGGAAGAGACUCUCGAGCUCAUGAACCGCGAGUACACCAGUGAUAUCAUAAAGACUUUGAAGGAGAAUGGAUAUGAGUAUAAAUGGGGAAAUGUUACUGUGAAAUUGGCGGAAGCGUAUGGCUUUUGCUGGGGUGUUGAGCGGGCUGUUCAGAUUGCUUAUGAGGCGAGGAAACAGUUUCCGGAUGAGAGGAUUUGGAUCACCAAUGAGAUUAUUCACAACCCAACUGUUAAUAAGCGUUUGGAGGAGAUGGAAGUGCAGAAUAUUCCCCUUGAGGAAGGGAAGAAGCAAUUUGAAGUUGUUGAUAAGGGUGAUGUUGUUAUUUUGCCUGCUUUUGGAGCUGCAGUGGAUGAGAUGUUGACUUUGAGUGACAAAAAUGUACAAAUUGUUGAUACAACCUGCCCAUGGGUGUCUAAGGUCUGGAAUACUGUUGAGAAGCACAAGAAAGGAGAUUACACCUCAAUCAUUCAUGGUAAAUAUGCUCAUGAGGAAACAGUAGCAACUGCAUCUUUUGCUGGGAAGUAUAUUAUUGUCAAGAAUAUGACAGAAGCAAUGUAUGUGUGUGACUACAUUCUUGGGGGUGAACUUAAUGGAUCUAGCUCAACCAAAGAGGAAUUUCUAAAGAAAUUUAAAUAUGCAGUUUCAAAGGAGUUUGAUCCAGAUAGUGACCUGGUAAAGCUUGGCAUUGCAAAUCAGACAACAAUGCUCAAGGGAGAAACAGAAGAGAUUGGUAAAUUAGUAGAAAGGACAAUGAUGCGCAAGUAUGGAGUGGAAAAUAUUAAUGAGCACUUCUUAAGCUUCAAUACCAUUUGUGAUGCUACUCAAGAGCGCCAAGAUGCAAUGUACAAGCUGGUAGAGGAAAAGUUAGAUCUAAUGUUGGUGAUUGGUGGGUGGAACUCAAGCAACACCUCGCACCUACAAGAGAUUGCAGAAGAGCGUGGAAUCCCCUCAUACUGGAUUGACAGUGAGAAGAGAAUAGGUCCUGGCAACAAAAUUGCAUAUAAGCUGAAUCAUGGGGAGUUGGUUGAGAAAGAAAACUUUCUACCAGAGGGUCCCAUAACAAUUGGUGUAACAUCUGGUGCCUCUACUCCAGAUAAGGUUGUUGAGGAUGCCCUUAUCAAAGUGUUUGACAUCAAACGUGAAGAGGCCUUGCAACUUGUGUAAUUAGUUUAGCUUCAGAUGUAUACAUUUGCCAGAGCGUCAGUGUAACCAUACAACUAAACAGGAGUAUAAUUGAAGAAUCUAUGUUAUGCAGUCCCAAUGUACCAUCAAAUUUUUAUGUUGUAUUGAAAGUUAUGGUUAUUGUGGCU